GGCUGCUCGUGUCGCUGCUUCCCUCCGGCUGAAGCAGGUCGUUGUGUUGGUGUGUAGGUGUGAAGGUGUGGGCUCUGCUAUGGAUCAGUGUGAGGACAGAGGAGGAGGAGUCCCUGCCUCUCACACCGCUCUGUGUCGGGAAGAUGACGGCAAGACCAAAGCUCAGAGCCCAGAGCAGCAGCACACAUCAGACUCUCCGGGACCUGAACCCAGCUGUGUGUCCAUGAAGAGCAACGUGUCAAUGGAGCUUCCUCUUACUUUCAGACAAUCUGCUGAUACAAGCCCAGAGCAGCAGCACACACCAGACUCUCCGGGACCUGAACCCAGCUGUGUGUCCAUGAGGAGCAACGUGUCAAUGGAGCUUCCUCUUACUUUCAGACAAUCUGCUGAUCGAAGCCCAGAACAGCAGCACACAUCAGACUCCGCGAGACCUGAACCCAGCUGUGUGUCCAUGAAGAGCAACGUGUCAAUGGAGCUUCCUCUUACUUUCAGACAAUCUGCUGAUACAAGACUCAACCGGGAGAGACCAGAGGCUCCCAGUGGUCAGUCCAUUCAGCAGCAUCAGACACAACUGGACCCCGUAUUUAUGCUGCUGGAGAAGAAUGUUGUCACUUUUGUGAAGCACGAGCUGAAGAAGAUCCAGAAGGUUCUGAGUUCAGAUUACCCAGAAUGCUUAGAGAGUCAGAGGGAGGAUGGGGAGGUGUUGGACAUUGAGGAGGAAGAGCAGAGGAGAAGCAGCCAAGAGGCAUUUCUGAAGAUCACACUGCACUUCCUGAGGAGAAUGAAUCAGGUGGAGCUGGCUGACAGUCUGCAGAGCAGAUAUCCCGUUCCAGUCUGUUUCCAACGUAAACUUAAAUCGAACCUGAAGGAGAAGUUCCAGUGUGUGUUUGAGGGGAUCGCUAAAGUAGGAAACCCAACCCCCCUGAAUCAGAUCUACACAGAGCUGUACAUCACAGAGGGGGGGACUGGAGAGGUCAAUGAUGAACAUGAGGUCAGACAGAUUGAAACAGCAUCCAGGAAACCAGCCAGACCAGAAAGAACGAUUAGACAGGAAGACAUCUUUAAACCCUCACCUGGAAGAGAUCGGCCAAUCAGAACAGUGAUGACAAAGGGAGUGGCUGGCAUUGGGAAAACAGUCUUAACACAGAAGUUCACUCUGGACUGGGCUGAAGACAAAGCCAACCAGCAUAUACAGUUCACGUUUCCGUUCACUUUCAGAGAGCUGAAUGUGCUGAAAGAGAAAAAGUACAGCUUGGUGGACCUUGUUCAUCACUUCUUUGCUGAAACCAAAGAAGCUGGAAUCUGCAGGUUUGAGGAGUUCCAGGUUGUCUUCAUCUUUGAUGGUCUGGACGAGUGUCGACUUCCUCUGGACUUCCACAACAAUGAGAUCCUGACUGAUGUUACUGAGUCCACCUCAGUGGAUGUGCUGCUGACAAACCUCAUCAGAGGGAACCUGCUUCCCUUUGCACGCCUGUGGAUUACCACACGACCUGCGGCAGCCAAUCAAAUCCUUCCCGAGUGUGUUGACAUGGUGACAGAGGUCAGAGGAUUCACUGACCCACAGAAGGAGGAGUACUUCAGGAAGAGAUUCAAAGAUGAGGAGCAGGCAAACAGGGUCAUCUCGCACAUCAAGACAUCACGAAGCCUCCACAUCAUGUGCCACAUCCCGGUCUUCUGCUGGAUCACUGCCACAGUUCUGGAGGAUGUGAUGAAGACCAGAAGGCAAGGAGAGCUGCCCAAGACCCUGACUGAGAUGUACAUCCACUUCCUGGUAGUCCAGUUAAAACUGAAGAAUAUGAAGUAUGAUGGAGGAACUGAGACAGAUUCACACUGGAAUCCAAAGAGCAGGAAGAUGAUUUUGUCUCUGGGAAAACUGGCUUUUGAGCAGCUGCAGAAAGGAAACCUGAUCUUCUACGAAUCAGACCUGACACAGUCUGGCAUCGAUGUCAGAGAAGCCUCAGUGUACUCAGGAGUGUUCACACAGAUCUUUAUAGAGGAGAGAGGACUGUACCAGGACAAAGUCUUCUGCUUUGUCCAUCUGAGUGUUCAGGAGUUUCUGGCUGCUCUUCAUGUCCAUCUGACCUUCAUCAACUCUGGUGUCAAUCUGCUGUCAGAAGAACAGCCAACCUCCCAGAAGUCUGAAACAAGAAAAGACGAAUCUGCGGAGACACACUUCUACCUGAGUGCUGUGGACAAGGCCUUACAGAGUCCAAAUGGACACCUGGACCUGUUCCUCCGCUUCCUUCUGGGUCUUUCAAUGCAGACCAAUCAGACUUUCCUACGAGGGUUCCUGAUUCAGCGAGAAAGUAGCUCCCAGACCAAUCAGGAAACAGCCCAGCACAUCAAGAAGAAGAUCAGUGAGAAUCCGUCUCCAGAGAAAAGCAUCAACCUGUUCCACUGCCUCAAUGAACUGAACGAUCGUUCUCUAGUGGAGGACAUCCAACAGUACCUGAGAUCAGGAAACCUCUCUGCAGAUAAACUCUCUCCUGCUCAGUGGUCAGCUCUGGUCUUCAUCUUACUGUCAUCAGAAAAAGAUCUGGACGUGUUUGACCUGAAGAAGUACUCUGAUUCAGAGGAGGCUCUUCUGAGGCUGCUGCCAGUGGUCAAAGCCUCCAGCAAAGCUCUACUGAGUGGCUGUAACCUCUCUGAGAGAAGCUGUGAAGCUCUGUGCUCAGUUCUCAGCUCCCAGUCCUCUGGUCUGAAGGAGCUGGACCUGAGUAACAACGACCUGCAGGAUUCAGGAGUCGAGCUGCUGUCUGCUGGACUGAAGAGUCCACACUGUACACUGUCAACUCUCAGGCUGUCAGGCUGUCUGAUCACAGAGGAAGGCUGUGCUUCUCUGGCCUCAGCUCUGAGAUCCAACCCCUCCCAUCUGAGAGAGCUGGACCUGAGCUACAAUCACCCAGGAGACUCAGGAGUGAAGCUGAUGUCUGCUGGACUGGAGGAUCCGCAAUGGAGACUGAACACUCUCAGGGUGGAGCCCAGUGGAGUCCGAUGGUUGAGACCAGGUCUGAGGAAGUAUUUCUGUGAACUCACACUCGACACAAACACAGUGAACACGAAGAUCAAACUGUCCGACGGCAACAGGACGAUGUCGCACGUGGACGAGGAUCAGCCGUAUCCUGAUCAUCCAGACAGGUUCGACCACUGGCCUCAGCUGCUGUGUCGAAACGGUCUGACAGGUCGCUGUUACUGGGAGGUCGAGUGGAGCGGAAGACUUCACAUAGCGGUGACUUACAGAGGAAUCAGCCGGAGAGGAAACGGGUACGACUGCUUGUUUGGAAGGAACGAUCAGUCCUGGAGUCUGGUCUGCUCUGAUACUAUUGGUUACUCCGUGUGGCACAACAACAAAGCAACAUACAUCACCACCUCCUCCGCCUCUGCCUCUGACAGAGUCGCAGUGUAUGUGGACUGUCCUGCUGGCACUGUGUCCUUCUACAGAGUCUCCUGUGACACACUGAUCCACCUCCACACCUCCAGCACCACAUUCACUGAACCUCUUUAUCCUGGGUUUAGGUUCUGGUCUGACAGGUCUGGUUCCUCGGUGUCUCUGUGUUCUCUGUAGGAGGGAGUCUCCUCCUGUUUGAGAAACCAGAUAGUUCAGUCUGUAAAGGAUCACACACAGCUGCUGUUAGUUAGGACCAACUUGAGAACUUAGUUCCGACUGAUGUAGCUGUCUUAUUGUUAAAGCACAACGCUGCAGGCAGAAAUACGUUUUUGUUCUAUUUUGAUGAAGUAGAAUUGAAUGCUGAACACUAUAACUAUAUAUUUCAAGGGAAAAUGUAAAUAAGAAUAUGUCUAAAAUUCACAGCUGAUGUCUUUGUUUUGAAAGUAACGGCGGUGUGUGUGUAGGAACAUAAUUUAAAAUCGUUGGUUAACGUUCUGCAGGGUUGCCAACACGCUCUCCACGCUGCCUGAAUGUCAAAUGAGGAAAAGUUGAUGUGAUGCCUAUGAAACGUGCAAAUUUAACAUAUAUGUGGUUUGCAGAAAUGUAUGAUUUAGUCUGGCAACUGACCUGCAGAGCUACUCCGUCAUGAAAAACUUUAUUUAAAAAAGUGUAUACUUUGUUAAAUAGGCUUGAACAUCAGGCCUCAGUUUUCACUUUUCUCGCUGUGUGUAUGCUUACAGUCACGGUACACUUUAUUUUUUUACACUCUGCCAUUUGCUGUAGAUAUUCUUUUUUGUGCAAUACUUUUCAU